AUGAGCGCGAAGGGGCCGAGGAUGAGGACCCGGGUGGGGAAGUACGAGCUGGGGAAGACGCUCGGGGAGGGAACGUUUGCGAAGGUGAAGUUCGCCAAGAACAUGGAGACCGGACAGUGCGUCGCCAUCAAAAUCGUCGACCGCGAGCAAGUCCUCAAACACAAGAUGAUAAAAAGAGAGAUAUCUACAAUGAUGCUGAUCAAGCACCCAAAUGUUACGCAAAUGUUCGAGGUCAUGGCAAGCAAAACUAAGAUCUACAUUGUUCUUGAGUUUGUUGAUGGGGGUGAGCUCUUCGACAAAAUAGCCAAAAAUGGGAGAUUGAAAGAGGAUGAAGCCAGGAGAUAUUUCCAGCAGCUCAUUAAUGCUGUGGAUUACUGCCACAGUAGAGGCGUCUACCAUCGCGAUUUGAAGCCCGAAAAUCUUCUCCUAGAUUCAUAUGGAGUGCUUAAAAUUUCAGAUUUUGGACUCAGUACGUUUGAACAGCAAGUGCGGGAAGAUGGGCUGCUUCAUACUGCCUGUGGGACUCCAAAUUAUGUUGCUCCCGAGGUGCUAAACAAUAAAGGUUAUGACGGCACAUCAGCUGAUAUUUGGUCUUGCGGGGUCAUUCUCUUUGUACUCAUGGCUGGUUACCUGCCCUUUGAUGAACAAAGUCUUAUAGCGCUGUACAAAAAAAUCUGCAAAGCUGAAUUUUCAUGUCCAGCAUGGUUUUCAUCCGGGGCAAAGAAAUUGAUACAGCGCAUACUUGAUCCAAACCCUGUAACGCGGAUAACAAUUCCUGAGAUCUUAGAAAAUGAAUGGUUUAAGAAAGACUACAAGCCAGCACAGUUUAAAGAGGAAGAGGAUGUGAAUUUAGGUGAUGUAGAUGCUGUUUUCGGCGACUCAAAGGAAAAUUUAGUAACAGAAAGGAAAGAGAAACCUGUAUCAAUGAAUGCUUUUGAGCUUAUUUCUAGGUCAAAGAGUUUCAAUCUGGAAAACUUAUUUGAGAAGCAAAUGGGUCUUGUGAAACGAGAAACCCGAUUUACUUCUCAACGCCCUGCAAAUGAAAUCAUGAACAAAAUUGAGGAAGCUGCAAAGCCAUUGGGCUUUAAUGUUCACAAGAGAGACUACAAGAUGAAGUUGCAAGGAGACAAACAUGGAAGGAAGGGCCACCUCUCCGUAGCUACCGAGGUGUUCGAGGUGGCACCCUCCGUGCACAUGGUAGAGCUCCGGAAAACUGGUGGUGACACACUAGAGUUUCACAAGUUCUACAAAACUUUCUCAUCGGGUUUACAAGAUAUAGUGUGGAAAUCUGAAGAAACUACUGAAGAAUCGAGG